UGCGCCGCGCCGCUUCGCCAAAGCAGAGAAAUGUUUCCGCCUGCUUGUCAUUGCCGCUCUCUUGACUGCUGGAUGCAGACGCGCCUCAGCCUCAGCUCGCCCGCCGCGCAAGUUUCGCCACCGUGCGCCUUCGUGUUUCUAAACACUGUUCAGGUGUGAUCUUCCCCGCUUCUCCCAUCUCCCAUCUCGCCGCCCCUGCAGGAAGUGUCUGUACUGUACAUUACUAUGCGAGCAGAGGGGCUGGAGGUCGGCGCAGCCCGGGACUGAUCGCUCUCUGACACCGCGCGCCUCUUCCUCUUCCUCGGACGCGUCUUGGAGGUACAAAAGCUGCUGCUCCGGAUCGCCUUGGUUAGUGCCAUGUCCACGCGAAAGACGUCGUUGACGGACAAGCAGGCUAAAAACGGCACGUCAAAAUAUGUGUUGGAGAGAUGCGCCUCUAUUAACGAGUACUAUGAUGUUGCCUUCAAGGUGAUGCUGCUCGGAGACUCUGCGGUGGGGAAGACGUGCGUCUUGGUGCGCUUUAAAGACGGGGCGUUUCUGGGAGGAAACUUUAUAGCCACCGUCGGAAUAGACUUUAGGAAUAAAGUGGUGGAUGUUGACAACCUGAAAGUCAAGCUGCAGAUCUGGGACACAGCUGGUCAGGAGAGAUUCCGGAGCGUAACGCACGCCUACUACAGAGAUGCCCAGGCGUUACUUCUACUUUAUGAUAUCACCAACAAGCCAUCUUUUGACAACAUCAGGGCUUGGCUGACUGAAAUAUUCGACUAUGCCCAGAAGGAUGUGGUCAUCAUGUUGCUCGGCAACAAGUCAGACAUGGCUGCAGAGAGAGUGGUGAAGACAGAGGAAGGAGAGAAGCUGGCCAAGGAAUAUGGAGUGCCGUUUAUGGAGACCAGUGCGAAGACGGGGGUCAACGUGGAGCUGGCUUUUCUCGCAAUAGCAAAGGAGCUGAAGCACAGAGCAACGCAGCUGCCAAAUGAGCCCAAGUUCAAGCUUCAUGACUACAUCGAAUCUCAGAAGCACAAGUCUGGCUGCUGCAGGCUCGGGUAGCAGAAGCUGAACGCCACGCAGAGAGAUAAAGGGUAGAGAAAGGAUGGAGGAAGGAAGGGUGGGAUUGAAGAUGGGGUCAAGGUAAAAAGAAUAAAGAAAAAAUGUCAGCUCUCUUUUAUGAAAAGCCAAUCCAAGCAACCAUACACCCCACAACCCGUCCCGAGAGGCGGAUGUUCUUCUGCGCAGAGCUUUUGGCUGAGUGGAAGCGAAUCUGGACUUACUGCCAUCCCUUUGCUGAAAUGUGAAUUUAAAUAGUUUGUGUAAUGUGUAGAAACGUUCGUGAUCUUUGUGGUGACAGUUGUAUCGGAGUACAAAUCAGGAGUAACAAUCUGAAAUGCUAUACCCGUCUGCAGGGACUCCCUUGAAAAGCGGCAGGUUUUCAUGGACCAUCAAAGCGACUGUUGAUGUGGAUAUAGCAUUUUAUUUUAUCUUAUUUUCUCUGUGUGAACUGAACCCCAUCCUUCUGGCCUUACAGUCUCCAUCUUCAGUCGAGAGCUUACAGCCAGGUUGUAGCUAAAUGGUCCCAUUUGUUUUCAUCUGUACUGCUGUUAGGUAGAAUAAAGCCAAUAUUUUGAGGGUAAUUACCAACCUCGUGUCUGUCUGUACGUUCAUAUCAAGAUGCUGUAGAUGUAAGGUUCCAGUUAGAACUUCACAUAUACUCGUCAUGGAUGUUAAUGCCACGUUUAUUUAGGCAUUUAAUGAUAUUUUUUAGCGUCCAUUUUCUACGUGUGCCGCUUUUCCGACAUUAAACUUCAAUGAUUUUCCAGGAAAGAACUGGAAGUUUAAUUUACGGUGUCGUUCUCCAACUCGCAGGGUGUCGAAUUGGUCAUUCAACACUGAAGACGACUUAAAUUUGAUGGUGUCAAAUUUUAGUCUACAAUAAGUUUUCAAUACAAAAGCUGUUCUGCAGUUUGGAAGAACUAAUUAAGUCAUUGGUGUCUAGAAAAUGGACAGAAAAUCCUGAUUUUAGUGGUUAAAUAUUUCUAAGAGCCAUAAAUAAACUUCUUGUGUAA